AUUAGGGUUUUAAAUUCAAAUUUGUUUAUGGUAGUUCAUAUAUUACUGGUAGUUAAAAUGUACUGACGUCUGUAACGUCAAAAUUUUCAAAACAUGGACUCUAACCUUACUUAUCUAAAUUUUUCAAAAAUGUUUAAAUAUAUUAUAUAACUAAAUGAAGCCCUAUUAAAAAUAAUAAAUGAUUUUAUCCAGGUACCUAAAACAACAAAUAGUAUCAUGUCCAAAAACAGGUAAAAUCUCUUGUUUAAUACUAAAAAACGCUUCGAUAAUACGUUAUAGCGCUAACGAUACAAGUAAUGACAAGAAAAAACAGGAAAAUUCCAAUGAAAAACCCAAAGAACCGCCUGAAGAACCAACCACUUGUUGUAUGUCGGGUUGCGCAAACUGUGUAUGGCUAGACUACGCUGAAGAACUAUGCAAAUACUAUCGAGAUGGUGGUGAAAAAGCCAUCAAAGAAAUCAACGAAAGAAUAUCCGACCCUAGCAUCAAGGCCUAUCUUCUGCACGAGAUUAGAAUGCGAAAUAAAAAAUAAAUUUUUAGUGUAAUUUUAGGUAAGGCAAUUUUUUUAUUUAAAUAUAAUAUAUAUUUGUUUUA